UCUUUUUGAAAAACAGUCAACUCUUCCGUAGUAUUGCCCUGGGCAUUGUACUAGUGAUUAGUCUACGCAUUCGUUCAAAAAAAUUGUGAUAAACCAGUGCCUCAGACGAGAAGGACCAAGAUGGUUCAGUAUUCGAAAAUGUUCGUGCUGAAGCGCGUUGUUAUCGCCGACUCGUUUCCAGAUGGUCGCAAGGAGCCCGUGCACUUCGACAAGAUUACUUCUCGCAUCACGAAGUUGUGCUACGGUUUAGACAUGGAUUACGUGGAUCCACCAGCAAUUACGUUGAAAGUCAUUAAUGGGUUGUAUACUGGGGUGACGACCGUGGAACUGGAUAAUCUGGCUGCUGAAACUGCCGCCUCAAUGACAACGAAGCACCCUCACUACGCAACUCUUGCUGCCAGGAUCGCUGUGUCGAAUUUGCAUAAAGAAACGAAGAAGAUAUUCUCCGAGGUGAUGAAGGAUUUGUACGAAAUGGAAAACGAUAAAACUGGUCUCCCGACUCCUAUGAUCUCCGACGAACAUAUCGCUUUGAUUAGAAAGCACGCAGAUCGUCUCAAUUCAGCGAUUGUGUACGAUCGUGAUUACAGUUAUAACUACUUCGGCUUCAGGACACUGGAACGAUCCUACUUGCUGAGAAUCAAUGGCAAAGUUUCAGAACGUCCACAGCACAUGCUUAUGAGAGUCAGUGUAGGCAUUCACGGUGAAGAUAUUGAGGCGGCGAUCGAAACUUACAACAUGCUUUCUGAACGAUGGUUUACUCAUGCUUCUCCGACGUUGUUCAAUGCCGCCACGAGGCGUCCACAGCUUUCAAGUUGUUUUCUCCUGACGAUGAGUGACGACAGCAUUGAAGGUAUUUACGACACUCUGAAACAGUGUGCGUUGAUCUCGAAAUCCGCCGGAGGAAUCGGUCUCAACGUGCAUUGCAUUCGUGCAACCGGAAGCUACAUCGCAGGCACAAAUGGAGUCUCAAACGGACUCGUUCCUAUGCUUCGCGUUUACAACAACACUGCCCGUUACGUGGACCAGGGAGGAAAUAAACGACCUGGUGCCUUCGCCAUUUACCUGGAACCUUGGCAUGCGGAUGUGCAAGAAUUCUUGAUGCUGAGAAGAAACACGGGCAAAGAGGAGAAUAGAGCUAGGGAUUUGUUCUAUGCUCUUUGGAUCCCGGACCUGUUCAUGAGACGGGUUGAGGAAGAUGGCAUGUGGAGCCUGAUGUGUCCGCAUGAGUGUCCUGGUUUGGAUGACACUUGGGGCGAGGAUUUUGAGAAGCUUUACACUGGGUAUGAAGCAGCCGGAAAAUUCAGGAAACAGAUCAAAGCUCAGGCGUUGUGGUUUGAAGUUCUCGAAAGCCAAGUUGAGACUGGAACUCCUUACAUGCUUUUCAAAGACGCCUGUAACCGAAAAUCAAACCAACAGAAUCUCGGAACUAUCAAGUGUUCCAACCUGUGCACGGAAAUCAUUGAAUAUUCUUCGAAGGACGAGGUGGCUGUCUGCAACCUGGCGUCGAUUGCGGUCAACAUGUUCGUCACUGCGGAAAAAACAUACGAUUUUAAUAAGCUGAAUGAAGUGACCAAGGUGGCGACACGAAACUUGAACAAGAUUAUCGACAUCAAUUUCUACCCCAUUGAAGAAGCCAAACGGUCCAAUUUCCGCCAUCGUCCGAUCGGCAUUGGUGUCCAGGGUUUGGCGGACACCUUCAUUAAAAUGAGAUACGCAUUCGAUUGUGAAGAAGCGCAAGAAUUGAACAAACGGAUCUUCGAAACGAUAUAUUUCGCGGCUUUGGAGGCCAGUUGUGAGCUUGCGGAGAAGUUGGGUCCUUACGAGACCUACGAAGGGUCGCCUGUCAGCAAAGGGAUUUUACAGCCUGAUAUGUGGGACGUGAAAACGACCAACGAUUUGUGGAACUGGGGUGAGUUGAGAGCCAAGAUCGCCAAGCAUGGCGUGAGAAAUUCCUUGCUGCUCGCGCCGAUGCCGACUGCGUCUACGGCGCAGAUCCUGGGCAACAAUGAAUCCAUUGAGCCAUACACGUCCAACAUCUACGCUCGACGAGUGUUGUCCGGCGAGUUCCAAGUGGUCAACCCGCAUUUGCUGCAAGAUUUGUCUGACCGAAACCUGUGGGACGACGACAUGAAGAACACCAUCUUGGCGCACAACGGUUCCAUACAGAAUAUAUCAACAAUUCCUGAUGACCUGAAACGGCUCUACCGAACCGUUUGGGAGAUUCCUCAAAAGAUGAUCAUAAAAAUGGCCGCUGAUCGCGGGGCCUUCAUUGACCAGUCUCAAUCACUCAACAUUCACAUGGCUGAUCCGAACUACGGGAAACUCACUUCGAUGCACUUCCACGCUUGGAAACUUGGCUUGAAGACCGGGAUGUAUUAUUUGCGAACGAAGCCCGCUGCGAAUGCCAUUCAGUUCACUGUUGACAAGAACACGGCCUCGGUUAAGGUCAAUGGGGUCGCCAAUGGAACCCUGAAUGGGUCGGAACAAAUGAAUGGCGACGACAGCAGGGAAACCAGUAUGAAGCAGAUGGUUUGCUCGAUUCAGAACAGGGAUGAUUGCUUGAUGUGCGGGUCGUGAACGAUGUUCGGCGUAGGUUCGUUCCAUUUCUUUCCUAUUUUACCCUGAAGUGUUUUUAUUUUUCAGCUCUCGAGAAAAGUAUGACGAUUCAUCGUAUUUUCUUGAUCGCACGUAUUCUGCAUUUAUAGUUUACGUUUUCAAUAUGCGGUUGAUAAUGUGGCUUGAAUCUGAGCGAGAAGUACUGUACAUUAAUUCGUAGAUGCCUUCAGGGAAUUGACGAAGAGUGUGUUCGCGAGACGAUUUGAAUUUUUUUAUAUAUUCCGACGCGAUUUUUUAAUGAACGCCAAGAAAUUUUUGUACGGCUUUGACGAAGCGCCUUUUUUGCAGAAUUUUCCCUAGAUCUUAGAUUUAUGAAACGCGCGUAUAUCAAAAUUGUAUUUUUUCUAUUUCGAAAUACACGAGACUUUUCUUUGAAGAAA